AUGUAUCCUUCGUCCUCUCCCUCCAACAAGUCUUUCAUGAGUUAUUACAGUCCAAAGAUGGGCUCUACUCCUCCACACCCUUCCUCUCACAUCUCUUCUCAUCACCAUCAGUACCACCAUCACCACCAUUCUUCUCAUGCUCACCAUAGUAGUCCUUCUUCGACCAACUCAGCCUUGAACAGCUUGUUGAAUUCAGCACAAGCAUUGUUGUCUCCGAAUGCUGCAAGCAGUACUUAUUCGUCAUUGAUGAGUGGUGGUACUCAAUCGCCUCAGCAACCUCAAUCCUCUCAGGUUGUGAGCAGUGGUGUGUUAAAUCCAAUCACCACCAAAUUCGGACCUCACAUAUUUGAUAGUUAUUUGGAAUUGAAGGAUGGUACAAGAUAUUAUGGUAAAGCUUUUGGAGCUACCAAGUGCAUGAAUGAAAAGGACACCAAUUGGGAUUCAGCAUUCUCUGUGAGCGGUGAAUGUGUUUUUACCACUGCAAUGGUUGGUUAUCCAGAGUCUUUGACUGAUCCAUCCUAUCAAGGACAAAUAUUGGUGUUGACUUUUCCACUUGUGGGUAAUUAUGGAGCUCCUCCAUUCAAGAAAAAUCAAUUACCUUCAACAGCUACUAUGAGCAAUACUAUGGCCAAUGAAUACGUUGAUGAUUAUGGUUUGUUACCUCGUUUAGAGAGUGAUAGAAUUCACAUUAGAGGAUUAAUUGUUCAAGAUUAUUCUCAAAAUUAUUCUCAUUAUGAAGCAAUUUGUUCACUUCAUCGUUGGUUACAAGAAUAUAAUAUUCCAGGUAUUUAUCAUGUCGAUACAAGAGCCAUCACAAAAAAGUUAAGAAAUGAACGCUCUAUGCUUGGUAGAAUUGUCACAGACAUCAAUGCUUCUGAUGAAAUGAUCAAAUUAGGUAAAGAGCUUCGUUGGUAUGAUCCAGGUACAGAUCCAGAUAUUAUUAAGCAAGUAACAUGUAAGGAAGUCAAGGUAUAUGGUCAUGGAAACACCUUUAAGGUUAUUGCAAUUGAUUGUGGAAUGAAAUAUAACAUUAUAAGAGAGCUAGUCAAGAGAGACAUUGAAUUGGAGGUAGUUCCUUUCAAUUAUAAUUGGGUAGAGGAGGUUGCUCAAUUAGAUGGCCUAUUUAUCAGCAAUGGUCCAGGUAACCCAAACAAUUUUGUUUCUACAAUUGAAUAUUUAAAGGAUUACAUUAGAAUGGCCUCAGCAAAAGAAUUACCAAUGAUUCCUAUUUUUGGUAUUUGUUUGGGCAACCAACUUGUUGGUAAGGCUGUAGGAGCAGCUGUUUACAAAUUGCCAUUUGGUAAUCGUGGUCACAAUCAACCUGUCAUUGACCAAUUAACCAGAAAAUGUUUUAUAACAUCACAAAACCAUGGUUAUGCUGUGGACAAUUCUAGCCUCCCCUAUAAUUUCAAACCAUACUUUAUUAACGCAAACGACAAUAGUAACGAAGGAAUUUAUUGCACAAAUAUGCCUAUUUUCACUUCGCAAUUCCACCCUGAAGCCAAAGGAGGACCAGAGGAUACCUUCUUCCUAUUCGACCAAUUUGUUGACUUGAUGAAAUUGAAGAUUAAUGGAAAAUUGUUAGAAGUUACAAACUUCGAGUCUCACUAUAGCAAAGUGUUUGUGAGACAUCAUAAGAACAUGAGAACCAAGUUUAAUGAGCUUUUGCAAUCCAUUGAAGACACAUCAGACAUUAGUACUCCAAUUUUCCAACAACAGGAAAUGUUGAUGAAGAAGAGUAUAUUCUCUGCUGAAUACAAGAGAGAUCCUUCACAAAAGAGAGAUAAAUCAAUUUCCAAGAAGCCUCCACUUCCAAAGAAAGUUAUUGUUCUCGGAAGCGGUGGUCUUCAAAUUGGACAAGCAGGUGAAUUUGAUUACAGUGGAUCACAAUGCAUUAAGGCUCUUAAAGAAGAAGGAAUCUUUACAAUUUUAAUUAAUCCAAAUAUUGCUACAGUUCAGACAUCGAAGGAGCUUGCCGAUCAAGUGUACUUUGGUCCAGUAACUCCAGAUUUUGUUGAAAAAGUUAUUGAGAAGGAAGCUGCAGAUGGAUUGUUACUUUCAUUUGGAGGUCAGACUGCACUCAACUGUGGUGUUCAAUUGCAUAAGAGUGGUAUUUUGGAAAAAUUAGGAUGUAGAGUGUUAGGUACACCAGUUCAAUCCAUUAUUGACACUGAAGACAGAGAUAUUUUCAACCAAAAGAUGAGAGAAAUUGGUCAACCAGUUGCUGAUUCAAGUGCAUGUGACAAUGUCGAAGAAGCCAUUGUUAGUGCACACAAAAUUGGAUUCCCAGUCAUCGUGAGAGCUGCUUUCGCUUUGGGUGGCCUUGGCUCAGGUUUUGCCAAUGAUGAAAGGGAGCUAAGAGAAUUAGCCACUCAAGCUCUAAGCUCAUCGCCUCAAAUUCUUGUGGAAAAGAGUGUUAAAGGAUGGAAAGAGAUCGAGUAUGAAGUUGUGCGAGAUAUCAACGACAAUUGCAUUACUGUUUGUAACAUGGAAAACUUUGAUCCUGUUGGUAUCCAUACUGGAGAAUCUAUUGUGGUUGCUCCUUCCCAAACCCUCAAUAAUGAUGAAUAUCACAUGCUCAGAACUGCGGCUAUUAAGGUGAUUAGACAUUUGGGAAUUGUAGGAGAAUGCAAUAUUCAAUAUGCUUUGAAUCCUUACAGUAGAGAAUAUGUGAUUAUUGAAGUCAAUGCUCGUCUUAGUAGAAGUUCUGCCUUAGCAAGCAAAGCCACUGGAUAUCCUCUUGCUUUUGUGGCUGCUAAACUCGCUUUGGGAAUGGAAUUAAUUGAUAUUAAGAACUCUGUCACAAAGGAAACUACGGCAUGUUUUGAACCAGCUCUUGAUUAUUGUGUUGUCAAAAUGCCAAGAUGGGAUUUGAAAAAGUUUGUUCGUGUCUCUACAAACAUUGGAAGUGCAAUGAAGAGUGUUGGUGAAGUCAUGGCCAUUGGUCGUAACUUUGAAGAAGCCAUUCAAAAAGCCAUUCGUAUGGUCAACACUAGCCAUAGAGGAUUUGAAACCACUGGAUCUUUGUUUGAUUAUGAAAAGUUAUUGAGGUCCAUUCCAAAUAACAUUGUUCAACCAAAUAGCAAUCCAUUUGCUAUUCCUACUGUUAUCAAUGCUAAGGAAGAAGUUAAACAGAGAGUCAUUAGAGAAUUGUUACACCCAACAGAUCAAAGAAUUUUCGCCAUUGCUCUUGCCAUGGAUUUAUUUGACAUGACUGUAGACCAAAUUCAUCAAUUCACACAAAUUGACCGUUGGUUUUUAUACAAGCUCAAUAACAUUGUACAAACCAGAAAGGCACUCAAAGGAGUUGGCAAAUAUAUGCACUCUCCUGUUGACAUUCCUUACCCUCUCUUAAUUCUUUCCAAGCAACAAGGUUUCUCCGAUUUGCAAAUUGCAUCUUAUCUUCCAAACUCUCUAUUCCAUAACUUUGUUCCAGAUUCAUCAUUCCCUUACAAAUUGUCAUCAAAAGAUAAAUUGACAAAUACUGAUAAGGAAUUGAUCAUUAGAUAUGUUAGAAAGUACAUUCACAAGAUACAACCUAUUGUUAAGCAAAUUGAUACCUUGGCAGCAGAGUAUCCUGCUCAAACUAAUUAUCUCUAUACAACUUAUAAUGCUGGUAUUAAUAGUAUUGCAUUGCCAGAUGAGGAAAACAAUUCCAAGUUUGUUUAUCCUGAUCAUCAUCUUCAUCAUGACGUUUCAUUUAACGACAAGGGCAUUAUGGUUUUGGGAAGUGGAGUUUAUAGAAUUGGUAGUAGCGUAGAAUUUGAUUAUUGUGGUGUCAUGUGUAUUCGUGAGUUAAGAAGAUUAGGUUUUAAGACAGUCAUGAUUAAUUACAAUCCAGAGACUGUUUCUACUGAUUAUGACGAACCUGAUCGUCUUUACUUUGAAGAAUUGAGUCUUGAAAGAGUUAUGGAUAUUUAUGAACAAGAAACAUGUUACGGUGCUAUCAUUAGCGUUGGAGGUCAACAACCAAAUAAUAUUGCUCUUCCUCUCGACAAACAAUGCAAUGUGAAUAUUCUUGGAACAAGUUCUGAUUCCAUUGACUCGUGUGAAGACAGAAAUAAGUUCAGUCAGCUUUUGGAUUCUCUUGUUGAUAACAGAGGAGAAAAACUUGUUUAUCAACCUGAAUGGGCUGCUUUGACAACUGUUGAAGACGCUCUUUAUUUUGCCAAUAAGGUUCAAUACCCUGUUCUGAUUAGACCAAGUUAUGUAUUGAGUGGCGCAGCUAUGAAUGUAGCAUACUCAGACACUGAACUGUUACAACAAUUGUACGAAGCUGCUGACGUUUCAAGUGAACAUCCCGUCGUCAUUUCCAAAUUCUAUGAGAACGCCAAAGAAAUUGAAAUUGAUGGUGUUGCUCAAAAUGGUUUUAUCAUUGUGGAUGCUAUCAGUGAACACGUAGAAAGAGCAGGAACACACAGUGGAGAUGCCACUUUAAUUUGUCCACCUUACAGCUUGAGUUUUGACAUUCAAGACCUUAUUCGAGAAAAGGCAGCCCUUAUUGCCAAAGCACUCAACAUUAGUGGACCAUUUAAUAUGCAAUUCCUCUUUGAUAAUGAACUUCCACAUGACAGUGCAAACAAUACUCAACCAUCUUCAUGGAGUGACGAAGAGGAGGAUCCACAAGAAGAAGCCCUCAAGUUAUAUAGAAGUCUUUCAAAGAGAUUGAGAGUGAUUGAAUGUAAUUUGAGAGCUUCUAGAUCAUUCCCAUUUGUAUCCAAGACUCUUGAUUUGGACUUUAUUGCCUUAGCAGCAAAAGUUUUCACAAACACAUUCCUUUUACCUUCUAAUAUUGAACAAGUGACAUCCAAACAAAAGGUACCCACUCAAAAUUAUUACGAGCAAAUGAACUUACUGAACGAAAUUGCUCAACUACGUUCCAACAAUCAACAACAUCAUACUCCAAAUCACAAAGUUGCAUUGAUUGACAAAUCCUCAAUGACCUAUGAAUCCAUUCAAAGAAAACGUUUUUGCAAGUCAUUCUAUGGAUGCAAGACUCCAAUGUUUUCAUUCAAGCGAUUGGCUGAUUGUGAUCCUAAAUUAGGUGUUGAAAUGGCAAGUACAGGUGAAGUAGCAUGUUUCGGACAAACAGUUAGAGAUGCAUUCUUAAAGGGCAUGAGCAGUGCAUUCCCCAAUUUACCAACUUCAUUGGAUCACCGUAGUAAGAGUGUACUGAUUGCCUCAUUCCCUCACUCAACAAAGGCCAAUAUGGAGUUAAUUAAUCAUUUACUUCAAUCCAUUUACAUUUUAUAUCAACACUUACGUUAUACCAUUUAUGUAUCCCCCUACGUUGCUGAGAAAUUGUCUCAAAACUUACCUCAACUCAAAUAUCACGUUCUGCAGUUGCAACAAUAUGUGCCUCUUGACGAAAGAGGAAUUUGUCUUGCUAGCCAAUUGAGGUUAGAUGAAGAAGCUGAAAUUUUGAAGAAGAUUGGUUCUGAUAUUAGUAUGAUUGUAGAUGUUCCAUUCCCAGACAACAAUCAAAAAUUGAAGGAGCAACAUUAUCUCAUCAGAAGAAAAGCCAUCAACUAUGACAGACAUUUGUUUAACAAUUAUGAAGUGUUCAAUUUAUAUGUCAAGUGUUUGAAGGAUCUGAAAGACAAGAAGCAAAAUUUAGACACCUUAAAUGUCAAUCCAUACUCACGCUACCUUGAUGUUCAAGCAUCCGAUUUGAGACUUUGA